AUGGUGCUGCGCAGACGCACGUCCCCUAUUGAGAGGAUGGCGAGCGGGACGGACCGCAGUGACGCCCCGCUACUGAAGAAACUUGACCGCACACGUUCGCGACCAUGGUUGCUCAAUAGCGAGGAUGUUCCAACGUGGUAUGCCCAUAAUACCUACAUUCGCACUGGCUAUCGCCCUGUGACACCUUCCGCGCGCCUUUGCUUCGAGAGUUUGGCGUACUUGCACAACGAGACGGUCAAUGUGUACUCGCAUCUCAUUCCGGCCGUGUUGGCUUUGUUAAGCAACGGCCUCCUCUAUGUAUAUUUUACCUUUUCUUUUCCACGUGCAUCUUGGACCGAUCAGCUCGUGUUCCAUGUCUAUCUGACAACCUCGAUGAUCUGUUUCGGUAUCUCGUCAACCUACCAUACCCUGCUAUGUCACUCCGCCCAUUUUGCAAGUCUCUGCGCCCGGUUUGAUUAUGUUGCGAUUAUUUUCCAGAUCAUCGGGUCGUUCAUCUCAGGACUCUAUAUGGGGUUCUACUGUGAGCCACAUUUACAGAAAGGCUACUGGUCGAUGAUUAGCAUUUUGGGCCUCUUGACUGGAAUUGUCGUGGUACAUCCUCGCUUGCAAAGCAAGGAGUGGAGAACCUUACGGCUGUCGACGUUUGUGGCAACGGCACUGUCAGCCUUCGCGCCCAUUAUCCAUGCCUCUUGUCUCUUUCCGUACGAACAGCUGGACCAACAGGCAGGGCUGCGGUACUAUUACCUUGAAGGUCUAGUUCUCAUUACUGGUGUAUUCUUUUAUGCUGUAAGUAGCGAAUACAUUUUAGAAGCGAGAUAUAGCGCUCAUCGAUCUCAGACACACUUUCCGGAGUCAUGGAAGCCUGAAAAUUUUGAUAUUUGGGGCGCCUCUCACCAAAUAUUUCAUGUCUUGGUUUUCAUGGCCUCGGUUAUACAUUUCUACGGGAUACUGGUUGCAUUUCAAUGGAAUUAUGAGAAUCAGCGCUGUAGCCCUACCUGA